GGUUAAUUCCAUCAUUCUAAAUAUUUUCAUUAAGUUUUGAGGCACACUUGCAACAAAAUCAGAUUUUUGGACCAAGUCCAAACAUUUUUCGAUGAAAGUGUCACCAUUUGUGCACUUUAGUCUAAAAAAAAAUGUUAAGAUAUUGUCCAGAAAAAUAUUAUAAUAAAAAGUAAAAUCCCUUCGAUCGGCGUGGCAAGUGGGAGUUUCGACAUACCGAAACGGUGGCGACACAGCUCUCGUCCGGCGGAACUCGGCAGUGAAGCGGGAAACCUCUAAAGACUAAAACCCCUUUCUUCAGAACGCAAAUGGUGGUAUUUGAAGCACGAGAAGAACCCUAGGUCUCAUCCCUUCCUUCUUUAGACUUAAAUCAAUUUCUGGAAAAGAGAACAAAAUUGAUAUGAUUAAUGGUCGAGAUCAACAUCAUCAGCAGCAGGCAACUACUGUUGAAACGCUCCCUAUAAGCUCUCCUCCUCCUUCUUUUAGAUCAUCACAUACAACCACCACCGCUACCAACAACAACAUGCAGCAGCAGCAGCAGCAGCAGCUCCCGUCGCCGAUCUCUCUUGCUUCCGAUCGCCAACUGCCAGGACAUCUUGUUACGCCAAUUUCCGCUGCUCACCCUACCGGAGAACCCGCCGUGAUCAUGCCCACAUCUUCGCCUUUGGCGAGAAUAAGGCUCUCGGACCUGAUCCCUUACGACGGGGCGCCUACCGACUCUUAUUUGAGAGCGAUUGAGGCGUUAUCCGGUUCGCUUACGAGGCACAACGCGGCGGUGAUUGAAUUAGGAACUGAUGAUGGAGCAUUGAUGAGAUGCGGAUUGGAAUCGGCGAGGUUGUAUUUCAGGACUAGGGCUCAAACUGGUGGUAAUUGGAGCAGCAGUAAUGGUACUACUGGUGUCUAUAAGUAUAGGGCAGGAAGGGCUGUAGAAGACAUGGAUUCAUCUCCACCAUGCAUGUCAGAUGUUUUCAGAUGCAUGGGAAAGGUUGCUCGUGCUGCUCUAUCUGCAAUAGCUAGACACCUUCGAUUAAGAAGCGAUGCUUUCAACCAUUUACUUGAUGACAACCCUUUACCUGCAAAUGAGGCAUCAUCAUCCAUCCUUGUUGCAUCAUACCUGCCCACAUUGCAAAAGGGGAAAAGUGUGAUUGGUGGAGGGAACAUAACAACAAAUCAUGAAAGUGAAAAGGGAUUGUUAACAUUAGUUUGUUCAGAUUCACCUGGUCUGCAGGUUCGUGAUCCCAAUGGUAGAUGGUAUGUAGCAGACAUUGUUUCAAGUUCAGGGGAUCUUUUAUUAUUGACAGGGAAGGCACUCAGCCAUGCAACAGCUGGCCUUAGGCCUGCUGCUUCAUAUAGGGCUGCAACAGACUACAUUUCUGCUGGGAGGUCAUCAUUGGCAUUUAGGCUGAUGCCACAAGGGAAUGCCAUAUUAGACUGUUCUCCCAUUAGGGCAGCUGGGCAUGUCAUCCCUCAAAGCUAUGUCCCAAUCUCUGUAAGCCAGUUUAUGGAUGAUCUUUCUGCUGAUGAAGAUAUACCUUCUAAUGGAACUGAUAAUGUUUUUGCGGCUUGGAAGUUUUCGAAUAAAGAACAGUCAUUGAGAAGUGUUCUAUCUGAUUCAUUAUCUGGUGCAUUUCUUGAAGAUGCUAUGCUUGUUCCUUGUGGGCAUUCAUUUGGUGGCAUGAUGCUGAAGAGGAUGAUAGAAACUGGAAGAUGUAGUCUCUGUGAUGCUGAAAUUGGCACUGCACCUCUAAUUCCAAAUCAUGCUUUAAGAGCUGCAGCUGGAGCUGUUAAACGUGAGGAUGAUCGAAGGCUCUUUCACAAUGCUGCAAUGCGAAAACAAAGAAGAGAAGUCAGUGACAGAUGGGUAAAUGGGGAUGGUAGUUCUGAAAAUGGGUCCCAUAGAUGUGUACAGUAUCCAUUUUCAGUAAACGAGAAGGUUGUUAUUAAGGGAAACAGGAGGACACCAGAUAAAUUUGUUGGGAAAGAAGCUAUCAUAACUUCACAAUCGCUUAAUGGGUGGUACCUGGUAAAUAUUAUUGAAAGUGGAGAGAAGGUUAGGCUACAAUAUCGUUCUUUUAGGAAGAUCCCAACUUCUCCACCUACAGCUAGUUAAUUUUUUAAAUUUCAAAGUUAAUGUAAAUUGUUAUGUUUUUCAGCAGAAAAAUGACAAAUAAAGAUGUUAAUGUAAGAUUUUAGUUCAAGUUAUAUUAGUUUUUUCAGCAGAAUAUGAUUGAUGUAUUGGGUAUUGGAUCUCAUACAUUUUGCAAGUUAUUGUUAUGGUUGGAUCCUACACAUACAAACACGAGUUAAUGGAUUAAGCCAAAAAUCUGGCUUAAUAUAUUAAGACACC